CAAGAGCCGCUUUACAGAGGUACCAGAGACGAAACGAGGAGUGCUUCGACGAGUGGCAAUGAUUUUUGACCCGCUUGGUAUUGUUGCCCCAUUCACGCUACGCGCCAAAAUACUGGUACAGCGACUGUGGUCACUAAACUACGGCUGGGAUGACCAACUGCGGGCAACUGAGCGCCAUGAAUUUCUUGAAUGGGAAUCCGAGAUUCACUACCUUGAAAAUAUCCGCAUUCCUCGCUGUUAUAAAGCAAGGCUGACACAAGAACCAGAUGAAUACCAGCUUCAUGUGUUUUGUGACGCAUCAGAAGCGGCCUUUGGCGCUGUGGCGUACGUUAGAAUGACGAACGAGCGCCGUGGGGAAGGUGAGCAGACGGCUCUUUGUUCAUUCGUUAUGGCGAAAACACGACUAGCACCACUGAAACAGCUCACCAUAGCUCGACUGGAGUUGCAAGCGGCGGUGUUAGCCUGUAGACUGGCUGCAAGUAUCAAACAGUCAAUCACCUACCAUCUCUCCCGUACUCUGUACUGGACAGAUAGCAAGAUCGUACUGGCUUACGUCCAGCAUGAGAGCCGCCGCUUUCAUACGUUCACGGCGAACAGAGUUGCCGAAAUAUUGGACUUAUCCUCCUGCGAAGAUUGGAAGCACGUCCCGGGCCAUUUGAACCCAGCGGAUGCCUGUUCCCGCGGAGCCUCCGGCGCCACGUUGAAUGACCUAGAGUCAUGGUGGGAAGGUCCAGAAUUUCUGAAGAAAACUGAAGAAUUUUGGCCCUCUCAAGGAAUGGGUUCAUCAGAUCUGGACCACGCCGAUCCAGAGGUGAGAAGGACUCCGCAUAUUUUGAGCACUCAGGUCCAGACAUACCGGUCAGUACUGCCAGAUCCAGCACGAUUUUCGUCAUGGAACAAGUAUACUAGAAUCGUAGCAUGGAUCAAAAGAUACAUCGACAACCUGAAAGCCGCUGUGCAAAAACGUACGUUGGUUCUUACAGCACUGAAUGGUCCUGAAAUCGAGUCGGCAAAAAUGAUGAUUUUGAAAGACGCGCAGCAGCGAGCAUUUUCAACUGACAUCAAAAAGAUAGCAACAAGCGGUUCAGUGCAUCCCUCCAGCCCUCUGCUGAGCGUGUCACCUAUGCUGGAUGAACAGGGACUUUUGCGAGCCGGCGGCCGUCUCUCCCUCGCUCCUAUAUGUGAAGAUGCUAGACAUCCAGUCAUCCUAAGUAGAAAGGAUGAGGUGACGCGCAUGCUAAUACAAGACGCCCAUGAACGAGCAUUGCAUGCUGGAGUGGAGCACACGCUGAGUAUGAUCCGCAGCAAAUAUUGGAUACCGAGGGGUCGAGCGACCGUGAAACACGUGCUGUAUGCGUGCUCCUUCUGUCGGAAUAGGAGGGCGAAGCCGUCUCAGCCGAAGAUGGCAGAUCUGCCGCGACACCGUUUUGACACGACCCGCCCAUUUCACUGCGUCGGCUUAGAUUUCUUCGGUCCGCUGCAAGUGAAGAAAUUCCGGAAGACCGAGAAACGCUGGGUCCUUUUGGUAACAUGCUUGAGCACCCGAGCUGUUCACCUAGAAGUUGUGUGGUCACUAGACACUGACAGCUUCCUCAUGGGCAUGAGGAGAUUUUUUGGACGUCGAGGCAAGCCAUCAGUGGUCUAUUCGGACAACGGUACGAACAUAGUAGCCGGUGAAAAGGAGAUGAGAACUGCAAUCAAGGAGUGGAACCAGUCUCAAAUUUUGGACGAGCUCAGCCAAGAACAGAUCGAGUGGCACUUUAAUCCUCCCACGGCGAGCCACAUGGGAGGUAUAUGGGAACGCCUUGUAGCGUCUGUGAAGAGAGCCCUGCGAGUUGUGCUGGGUCGGCAAGUCGUGACAGACGAGGUUCUGUCGACAGCCCUGGUAGAAGUCGAGUAUGUCGUCAACAGUCGACCAAUAACAUACUGCAGCGGCGACGCAGAUGACCCCGAGCCACUGACUCCGAAUCAUUUCCUGUUGGGCUCGCCAGAACUGUAUCUGCCGCCAGGAUCAACUGAUGACUCAGCUCUACUGAGCAAGAGAAGGUGGAAACAUGCUCAAGUGAUCGCCAACCACUUCUGGACAAGAUGGAGGAAAGAAUACCUCCCGAAUCUGAUGCGACGUGAAAAAUGGGCACUUGGAACCGGAGAUAUUGAAGUCGGGGAUGUUGUCAUGAUGGUGGACGACCAAGCCCCACGGGGGUACUGGCCGCUAGCGACCGUGACCCGCACUACGCCAAGCGCUGAUGGCCACGUCCGCUCCUUGCAACUCAGAACUGGCAAUGGUUUGACUUACCAACGGCCAGCAAACAAAGUGUGCUUCCUCGAACGACCUCAGGAAGCAGCAAACCAACUAUAAGAAAGACAGAAGGAACGAAUGUGUGGUGAUCCUGAUGCCAAGGAAUAUGAUCCAAGAAUGGCACUGAACAUGCACAAAUAGACACACAAACACAAAGUAACAGCAAGUACAGCAGAUUAGUUUGCAGUCACCACAUCAUACACAUCAUUCACAUCAUUCAUAUCAUGUAACAUAUGCCAGCGCUAGUCUCGGCGAUAGACUUUCAGAUAGACACACCCUGAUGACCUAGUCCGCACAGCCCGUCCGCCAAGACAGCCGUCCGACUACUGCGCCGUUAUCUCUGCACCUGUGGACGUCAACGGGAGAACGUCAUCCUGGCUGGAUCAGCUCGACACCAUGGGGCCUUACGAGAAUGUCUGAGGCGCUUCCGUCAUGCAGGAAGGAUCGACAUCAGCUGGUGACCCAGGAGCAGCAGACGAGAGAGAGCGAGCGGUAUGGUGUGCUGGACUGGUGCAGAGACGGAACUUGAGCGGCCCACUUCACGGCCCCUUCACUGACGUUACGUGCUUUCUUGAAGGGGCCGCUGAUGACGCUGACGUAUAGUGUUCCCAAGAGGUGGGACACUGGCGGGGGGAGGGUGUCGCGACCUCGAUUAUCGCUGCUGUGGAGCAGGAGCGACUUAUGCACGAGGUGGCGAAAAAAUGUUUUAUUUGUGUAAAUAUUUGAAAAUUGAAAAGGCAAAAUAUGAGAAGAAUUUGAAAGCCAGUGAGCUUUUGGGCUAUUGAGUUAAUAAGCCCAUUAUUUUGAUUGGAAGAUGUGAAAUUACGACUUAUAUUUCAACUAAAUUUGUACAAGUUACCGAAGCCGAGAAUAACGAAGACACGAACGAAGAACGAACUUCCUGAAACGAAACAGAACUUUUGUUUAUAUCGAUAAAUGUAUAAGCCUGAACAAGUGAACAUUCAUCACCGCCGAGGCGACAUGAGUAACGUUUGAAACCGUUUGCCAAGCCAAAAUUGAAUAUAUCUCUCAGGACGGGCUGUGCUGCACCACUAAAU